AUGGAUAUCCACGACGACGCAAAGACGGAGACUUCAUCAGGCUCAAGCGUCUCUUUCUUGCCUCUCAAGAAACGCAAGAGAACUCUUGACGACGCACCUGACAAUGCCCUAGUUGCCACAGCCACAAAGAAGUUUGCGUUUUCAGGCAAUGCAAAUUACAAGGGAGUGGUUCAGCAACAAAACGAUCGCUGGGGGGCUCAGAUAUACACUGAAAAAAAAAGGAUUUGGCUCGGCACUUUCAACUCCGCCGCUGAAGCCGCCAUGGCUUACGAUAGCGCCAACAACAUCGUGGGACCAAAACAGAACGGAGGAGAUGAACAAUCGAACAAACGUGUCCCGUGGACGCUGAUUUUCCGGAAGGAACUGACACAUAGCGAUGUUGGGAAACUGAAUAGGCUUGUGAUACCUAAGAAGCAUGCAGUGAAGUACUUUCCUCUUCUAAGCGAUGAUCAAAACGAGAGAGAAGAGGGCGAAAUAGUGGGAGAUGAGAAACCUGUUGAGCUUGUCUUUCACGACAGAGAAAUGAGACAAUGGAAGUUUAGGUAUUGUUACUGGAGAAGUAGUCAGAGCUUUGUCUUCACCAGCGGAUGGAAGGAUUUCGUGAAGGAGAAGAAACUUAAGAAGAAAGAUGUUGUCGUAUUUUAUAAAUGCAAUGACAAGACAUUAGAAGGUGAAAGCAACGAGUCCUUUAUGAUUGAUGUUAAAUUCUUUUCAGACAACGAUUCCUCCGUUGUCACUGAUGAGGAAGUAAACGGGACUGUACUUCAUAUCAGUCCUUAUAAGGAAGAAAGGAAAACAAAAAACUUAUAUAGCACCAAGUUAGAAGAUGAAGAAACCAAAUCAGAGGAGAAGAAAGGAGGGUUUAUGCUGUUUGGUGUUAGGAUCCAAUAG